AUGCCCGUCAACACCAUAUCCGUCGGGGCUGCAGUGACACCUGUAGUAAUCCAAACAUGGCUAUCGCACUAUCUGAAUCGUCGCCCACUUGCACAGAAGCCAACUGCGCACAUCUCGUACCACGAAGGCCUUGAGCUCAUCCGUCGCUUUCUCAACUAUGCUUCCUUUCAUACCGUCGACGAACUACAAGCCUUUACCUCGCAAUGGGUUCCCGUACCACGCUGGGUACAUGUGGAAGUAGUUGAAAUAUCGAGCAGUCUCUUGCAGCGUUCAGCGCAGCACAUUACGGCCCAAUUGGGCCCCGAGGGCGUCAAGGCAGUUGGGGGAACCAAUUGGUGGCAAUGGAGACGCGAGGAGAGCACACUCAAGGCAGAAUGGAUCGAGAUGCGCAAGGACUUUGAGGCUAGGAAACAAUUGGCGAUUCAUAAGGGAGACCGCAUCAUGCUGUAUGUGCAUGGUGGCGCCUACUUCUUUGGCAGUGUAGAUGAACACCGCUAUCAGAUGCAGCGCCACGCUCGCAAGCUCAAGGCCAGAGUGCUGGCGCCAAAAUACAGAUUGGCACCACAAUUCCCCUUCCCAUGCGGUCUACAAGACUGCCUAGCAGCAUACCUCUACCUCCUCGAGCAGAAGCACGACCCUGCAACUAUUAUUCUUGCCGGCGACUCAGCCGGUGGCGGCAUGGUUUUGAGCAUAUUGGUGACAAUGCGUGACCAAGGCAUCCCUCUACCCGCCGGAGCCAUUCUGAUCAGUCCUUGGGUGGAUCUGACCCACAGCUUUCCAAGUCUUGGGGGUGAUGACAAGAUGGAUUACAUUCCUUCGCAUGGAUUUAUUCACAAGCCUAGCAUGAGCUGGCCACCACCCAAUGCAGACGACCUGCUCGGAAUCGAAACGCACUCCAAGACCCAAGUGGCUAGCGAUACUCCAGACAAAAAGGAAGACCAUGCCGCGGAAAAGGAAGCUAAAGAGCAACGUGUACAGGGCUACUCGGUGCAAUCAGGAGAACAACCCGACACAGAUCACGUUCAGGACCCUUCCGCUACAGGACAAGACACAGGCGUGUGGAUUUCUCCAAACGGUAAAUAUAGUAUUGGACCUAAAAGCCAGCUGUCUGUUCAACUCGAGGAUGCACGUGUCGAGAUCAAGGAUCAGAUUCAGAUGUAUGUUUCUAACCAUCUCUUGACUCAUCCAUUGGUAUCACCUGCUCUACAACCAACACUUGGAGGGCUACCGCCUUUGCUGAUCCAGACGGGUGGUGGGGAACUGCUCAGAGACGAACAAAUCUACGUCGCUCACAAGGCUGCUCAGCCGCUGGCAUACCUACCACCACCGUCCAACAACCAGACUGCUGAAGCUAUCCAAGCUCAAGCUGCAAAGUACAAACCAACCAACGUUCAGCUCCAGGUUUGGGACGAUUUAUGCCAUGUCUGUCCUACUCUCAGUUUCACCCGACCUGCGAAGCACAUGUAUCGCAGUAUCGCUCAAUUUGGCGCCUGGGCACUCGCGCGGGCUCAAAAGAAAUCUAUCGAUAUUCUCGACGAUGAUGACAUAUCGGUUAUGAGUACCGGUUCGAGUUCAUCAUCAGAGUCAGAUAAAGAGAGCUCUUCCUCUUCAGAUGGUCCCAAAUCACCUUCUGCCCAACCAGCACCCAAACCUAGUCCCGCAAAGCCUAAGAAGAAAGCAAAGGUAGAUGCACGUGUUGGUCGAGCUGGUGAUCCGAUUCCAGCUUUCGAGCACUACAUGAUUCGUCAACGUAUCGAUAGACACGGACGUAUUUAUCCGCUUGUAGCGAAGGAAGACUUAGUUGCGCUCAAUCUUCCGAACGAGGACAUUGGUGUGCCAAAACCCGGCCCGGUUGGCAAAUGGAUGAAAGCGCAAGCUGAAUGGAAUAAGAAGUUUUCUAAGCAAAAGAUCAAGAUUCAGAAGCAGCGAAUCAAGGAUAUGCAGAAGGGCUUCGAAGGGUUCGAUGGCGAGACGCCACCGCCAACAGCGUUGGCUGGCCGCAGAUUGAAGGGCAUGAAGACCAAGAAGACAAAGGAGAAGAAGAGUUGGGGAAUGUCCAUGUGGUCCGGCUGGGGUAGUAGUCACGACCAGGCGACAAUUGUACGAGAGAAAAAGGCCGACCAAACCGGCGAGGAGCCGUCCGUAACCGUACAAGAACCAGCAACCCCUGCCGCCAACGUUGCAGCACAAGUCAAACCGAAACGAAGCCGUGGCAUAGGCUUCAUUUCUCCAAGCAUGAGAACGCGAUCUAGAUCCCGUUCCCGCCACUCCACCAUAACGGACCGUGGUCAAACUCUCGAGUCUCAGGAUCCAAUGCCUACCACCGAUCUUUCCAAGAUUGCCGCGCCAGAAUCUGGACUCGCUGACGCAACGACAUUGGCCCCUGAACGCUCUGCUUCAGCUGUAUCGUUGUCUUUGGAUUCACGGGAUGAUGAGGGAUUACACAUUACCGUUAUUCCGUCAGAUAACCCCGCAUUACCGAGCACCCUGAUCCCAGCAACUGAUACGUUGACUACGCGGCCCACCGCAGGCGGCAUCGCCUACCCAUUCAGCCUCAAAGUCGACGGACCAGACGGCAGAGAUGUAAAUGCCAGUACGGUUACACUUACCAGUGUGAACAUGGCCACACCGCCUGCGGUCGAUGACCAGCAAAUCGAAAUGAUUCCCGAAAACACGGUGGAAGAGAGUGUGAAUGAGCAAGUUCUCAAAGAAGAGCGACCGGGUAUAGAAAGGUUCUUCACUGCUGCUCCUGUGUCGGAGUUUGUAGUAGAACAAGAGGAGGCGAAGGCUGAAGAGGUUGACAAGGUGGUGGAGCGACCACAUGCCGAGAGAUUCGAGACUGCGCAGGAAGAUUUAUCAACACUUGCGGCUGCUGGUAGUAGUAGCAAGGCAUGAUAAUACAAGAGACGAGAGACAAGAGGAGGAUAAUAAAGAGGAGAGGUGAUAGAAACAUACCCCGCUAGACUGUACAUAUAUACCCCAUUUCCUUGCACACAACACAUUCAUAAUCUUAAUACGAAGCUAUACCCGCAA